AUGGAAGUGAAUGUCUCGGAAGAUCCGAAGACGCAUCUCAGCGACGAAGAGCUGCUUGCUCAGAUGAAAACCAUUAUGUUUGCCGGUCACAAAACGACUAUCAAUACACACUCCUGGACGUUUCUUGAACUCGCGAGACACCUACAAGUCCAGUUAAGGGCAGAGAUCAGAGCGAAAGAACGAAUCAUUCUUCCUCGCGGUGAUACCGAGUUCUCCGCGCAGGACCUGGGUAGCAUACCUUAUCUAACUGCCGUAGUGAAGGAGAUACGUCGAUAA